AUGGUCAGCAGGCCUGGCAGCUCUCCUGAUGAGGCCGUCCCCAUUCUACCAUCUCUGAAAUUCGGCGUCGUUGGAAUAGGCAGGAUUGGGCGGCGACAUGCUCUCAAUCUGCUUCGAAGAGUACCAAAGGCAAAGCUCGUCUGCGUAUGUUCGCCGGCCCAGGCAGACCUCGAGUGGGCAAAGAGAGAGCUGGCCCGAUAUGGCGUGUCGAUUUUCAGCUCUUUUGACGAAAUGAUCCAGUUUCCCGGCCUUCAGGCAGUCGUCGUUUCAAGCCUGACGACUCUCCACUACCAGCACACCUUAGAAAGCCUCAGGCGUGGCAUUCACGUGCUGUGCGAGAAGCCAGUCUGUCAUACAGUGGAUGAGCUCGAUGGUCUGAUCGAGCUUGCCGCCACGAAUCCCCAGGUCUGCCUGAUGAUCGGAUUCACUCGCCGAUUCGACGAGUCGUACGAGGAGGCUCUUCAGAAGGUCAAGUCAGGUGAUUAUGGCGCGCCCAUAGCCUUCGAUUCCCAGGCCGCCGAGCCGCUAUCACACUCAGAAUUUUCACACAACUAUUUCAAAAGUUGUGGUGGCAUCUUCUUCGAUAGUGCGAUCCAUGACAUUGACCUUAGCUUAAUGUUCCUCUCCACAAGUCAACCAAGUGCUGGGGCACACGCCUCGGGCAGUGUUCGAAACACUGAGCCUCUGCGACCAAGGCAAUGCUUUGCGGUUGGAACGGUCAGUGAGUUCACGUCUCUUCGCUCACCGGCCGAGCAUGCAUCACACCGAGGCGACGCGGAUAAUGCUCGCGGAGUGGUUCAAUUCAGCUCCGGCCAGAUCGCUUCAUACUUCAACAGUCGGACUGCUGCAGCGGGUGGCGGCUAUGACAACUCGACCGACAUUCGUUGUGAGCGCGGCAAGAUAUCAGUGAACUUGGAGUCUCGGAAGAAUCGAGUCAGUGUCCAUGAUAGCAACGGAGUCGGCUGGCGUGCUCCAGAUGAUUGGUACGAUCGAUAUCGGGAAGGUUUUGUGUCAGAAGUCGUGGAGUUCGUGGAUGGAAUUCUUGACAAACGUGAGUUUCGCAUUACCCUGCCGGAGGUCAGGAUGGGAUUGGAGAUUGCGUUGGCGUUGCAGGAAAGCUUGGAGAAAGGAGGAACCGUCUGGUUUGAUGAGUCUGGCAGGCGCUCACACCGGGAAGGCGGCAUCGUGGAUUGA